UAGCUACAGCAAACUAAACCGCAAGUGACUUCAAUGCUUGGUAGUAAAGAUGUGGGAGAGCGAGAAAGAGAUUUGCUAGAUAAAUCGCAGUGCCUCAGUAGGAUGCAUGAUGUGUUUGAAUUUCGAUCAUCAUAAUGUACGUUGCGUCUGGGGAGUUGAGACAUGAUUUAUAUUUAUUUGUUCGUUAGCGUGAUUAGUAUUGCGUGAGAAGGUUGUCAUUAUGGAAGUGCACGAAUUAUCUCCCAUCGCUGGAGACAGUGAGGUAUUGUUUUCUUUUGAGAAUAUAUCGUACCGAGUUCGAAUUCCUGCUAGAUUAACAAAUAAUUUGAAGUGUUUUCCGCCAAGUCGUGCUUUUGAAACCGAAAAAUGUAGUAAACCAAUUCUUAACAAUGUGAGUGGUGCAUUCCGUUCCGGUAGGCUGACUGCGAUUAUCGGUCCUUCGGGGUCGGGAAAAUCUUCCUUGCUGAAUGUUCUGAGUGGAUUCCGUAAAGCAGACGGGAUCAUCAAGCUGAAUGGUGAACCUUUAGAAGGUUCAAAGUUGCGCAACGAAGUCUCGUACACUGAGCAGGAAGUUUCCUUGUGGAGGAAUCUGACGGUGGAAGAAUCGUUACGGUAUGCCGCUGAGUUUCAGCAAUCACGCUCGUGGGCGAAAUUGUCUAAGAAGAACAUUGCGCUCGACCAGAUUAGAUCACUUGGUUUGGAAAAAUGCUGUUCAACUUUGGUGCGAAAUCUUUCCGGUGGCGAGUACAAACGGCUUGCUAUGGCGAUAGACCUUCUUGCGAAUCCGAAAGUAAUGCUCUUAGACGAACCAACCAGCGGUUUAGAUACGAUAGCUACAACUCAGGUGGUAUCUCAAAUGAGAAGCCUAGCCCACGGUGGACGUAUUGUGGUGUGUGUAAUUCAUCAGCCUAGUUCCAGUAUUUUGAAGAUGUUUGACGAUGUCUAUCUGGUGGCCAGAGGGAACUGUUUGUAUCGGGGGUCUUUGUCAGAUGUGAUUCCACGGUUUGCCCGGGUUGGCUUGGAAUGUCCACUGUCUCAUAAUCCGGCUGAUUUUGCACUAGAGGUCGCCAGUAUGGAAUAUGAUGAACGGGUGUUAAAUCUGAUACAAGACAACCAGAAUAUGAAUAUUGCGGAAGAGAUUGAGCCUACCCCGUUACACUUGGUGCUACAGAGGAGUCGAUCAAAGUUAAGCCCGUGGAAGCAGUUUCUUUUGCUGACGAAAAGAACAGUGAUAUGUACUAUUCGGGACCCGACACAAACGAAAGUGAAAACUGCAAUCAGUAUCUUCGUUGGACUGCUAGUUGGCACCGUGUAUUACGACAUUGGAAACAAUGCAGCCCGCAUCAUCUCCAACACUACAUUCUUCCAAAUUGUGCUACACACCAUCAUGUUUACAACUAUCGGACCCGCAGCGGUGGUUUUUCCUCUCGAGUCGGCAGCCUUCAUCCGGGAACACCGCAACAAUGCGUACGCUCUUUUCCCAUACUAUCUCUCCAAGAUGAUUGUGGAAAUUCCGAUUCUGAUACUUAAUACCGCCUUAAUGAUGGCGCUGGUAUACGUAAUGACAUCUCAGCCAAUGGAACUUCAUCGGAUCCUGUACUUCUGGGCGAUCUGCCUGCUGUUCGGAUGGAUCUCGCAGAUGUGGGGCCUGAUGCUCGGAUGUUUCUUCAAACUACAAACGACUGCCUUUCUGGCCGGUGUCAGCACCAUUCCGGUGAUGCUUUUUUCGGGAUGCUUUCUAACCCUCGAACAGAUACCGGAGAUUCUUCGACCACUGACGUACGUGUCGUUUGAGCGGUACGCUUUCGAAGGGUUGCUGCACGUGCUGUACGGUCUGGACCGGAAAGAUAUGGAGUGUCCGGAGAUAUUCUGCUACUACAGCAAGCUUUCCAAGUAUCUGAAAUCUCUGCAAAUGCCAGUGCUUGAAUUGAAGCAAGAUUUGCUUGCACUGUCCAUAUGGUCCGUGGCCAUGACAGUUGCUUUCUACUUUUGUUUGAGAAGACGAAUCAAGUUUCAAAAUUAAUCAUCCGCUUAGGACGGUUUUUGGUGCCAUUCUGGUCCGGACACUUGAAGCAAGAUGUCUUUUAUUUUGUUUAAACAUGUACUUUUCAAUGACUGUAAAUAUAGCCCCCUGGAAUCAAA